UUUUGAGAUCUGUGGUUCGCUGAAAUUACAUCAACGCUUUCAGUCAACGAUAGUGACCAUUGUUUAGCCUCUUGGGUAGCAUUGUGGUGAUAUUUAUCGUACUGCAGCAAAGCAAACGAAGAUGACUGGUAAGGAUCAUAUAGGCAGUCAGGAUAGUGGAUAUCAUUCCCCACCAAUGUCACUAAGUGACGAUAUGUGUGAAGUGAAUUUAGAUGAAGAAACUCCUAGGAACUCGGAGAAGGAAGAACCAUCAACAGAUAUUUCUGAUUCUGUCGACAUACAAGAUAAAUGCCAGAGAGUUAGACGGAGAGCAUCCAAGAGAAAGCGAAACAGUGACUAUAAAUUCAUUAGGGACAAGAAACAGGGCAGUUCAGAUAUUCAGAGUGGAGAUCAGGACUUAGAAAGCUCUGAAUCAGAUUCUUCUGAUGCCAAACUUGAAUUGUCCGCCAGUGUCAAGAAGAAAAAACGCUCUUCCAUGGUCCAAUGUGAUAGCCAAACUGGCAACUUUUCAAACAAAGAGAGCUUGAUAACCGGUAAAAUCUGCAUGCCUACAAGUCUAAAUUUAGCAGAGGUACUCAUGCCAAAUCAACAUGCUGCAGUAAAUGUGAAUGUUUCUUCUGGUGGUAUCAACAAAAAGUGUCCAAGAUUAAUCGACUUUACUGAAGUACCAGACUUUCCUGUAGUCGCACUCUCACCAUUCUGUACAUACGCAGCUGGAAUGUUUGACCAUCAUGGCGGACAUCUUGAAUUGCCGAGUGCCAGAGUGAAACUCUUUAUUCCCGCUGGCGCCAUAAAAGAAGGCAUAGAACAACCAGUGUACAUAUACGUCACACGAGAGAAACGAUAUCAACCACCGCUGAAUCAUGGCGAAAUUUCACUUUCGCCAAUUAUAUUUUGCGGACCAAAUGGUCUUAAGUUUGAAGAAGAUGUCUUCCUCAAAAUUCCGAACUCUGCCAGCAACGAAGGCAAAAAAUGGAAAUUCCAAACAGUCUCUACAAAUACUGAUAUUAAUGAAGAUCCGGUUUUCCAGAAAUCGCCAGAAAUCUUUUCGGUUGCUGAAAAGGAAUUUGUCACCAUUGUGGUGAAUCAUUUCACUGGGUUUGGUAUCCAAGGGAAGCCUGAUGAUGAGGUUGCUAUGGAGAACGCAUCUUCUGAUGAUACCCAAACAUCCGAGUUUGUUGAAUUUGUCCCGUUUGUACAACAUGGUGGGAACCACGUGAAAUUACGCAUAUAUGGCAUGCGAUCUGCAAACCAGCGACACAACGAACAGGAAAUGAGGCUUGGUGGAAAACAAGCUGAUGCUGAGAGAAAACUAUCGGUUGCCAAGGAGAGCAAAGCUGAUAUCAGAAUAACAGUGAAGCCAAAAUAUUGGACUCCAUCAGAUGGGAAUUACAUACAGAAUUUACCCUACAACACUCUUUGUGAAACUGAUGGUGAUUCUCGAUCAUUUCUCUUCAAACCACAAAACACUGAUAAUGCUGUAUUUGAAUGUGAUGUCAUUCUACAACAGACUGGUAACCUUGACAACCCUUCAGUCACAUUCCAUAUUCAUGAGAUGUAUACUGGUGUGGAGGCUUCACAAGUGCCUUCAACGUCUGACUGUAUCUUAUCAGCUACUUUGAUGGAUAAAAUGGCGAUGUUGUUGGAUAUCAAACGAGAUGAUGGUAAUGACUGGAGGAUGCUCGCUGAGAAACUAGUGGGUUUAGAUGACACUCAAAUUAGGAGGAUUGACGAGCGAGAUAGUUAUAGUCCCUCAAAAGUUGUCCUCAAUAUGUGGGAACAAAAGACACCCAAUGCCAAGGACAUUAAGUGCUUGCGUCUUUUUUUGAAGGAUAUUUCCCGGGACGACAUCGUUGAGAUAAUUGAUGAGAAUUUUCAUCCUGAUACUGUAGAUAAAGAUAAAAUGGAGCAAGAUGAUGUUGAGUUUUUGGACCAGAAUAAUGAGAAUUGUAGUUCAUUCAUUUCACCAUCGGGUAAAAAAUCCUGGCAAUGUCACAGCACACCACUGUCACCCAGACAGCAACAUCACAUAUCCAUGCCACUGAUCAACUCAAGCAUUACUAGUAGCUUUGAGCGCUCUUCUAGUUUCGCGGAUUCUUGUUAUUCUACUACGUCUGACCGGGAAGUCUUAGAUUAUAUGUCUGAUUAG